UUAUGGGGAUCUGGUAAGCAAGUGAUGCUUCUUGGACAUAGUAAAGGUGGAAUUGAUGCUGCAGCUGCAUUGUCAAUUUACUGGGUCACCUUGAAAACAAAGGUAGCCGGGCUGGCAUUGGUACAAAGCCCAUAUGGUGGCUCCCCUAUAGCAUCUGAUAUCCUACGUGAAGGGCAGAUUGCUGACAGAGAAACCCGUAGGAUAAUGGAGCUUUUGAUAUGCAAGCUAAUUAAGGGAGAUAUACGAGCACUAGAGGAUCUGACAUAUGAAAAGAGGAAGGAGUUCAUCAUGAAGAACAAGCUUCCUGAUCAGAUUCCCCUCAUAUCCUUUCACUCAGAAGCAAGGAUUGCUCCUGGUGUCCUUGCUACAAUGACUCACAUAGCUCAUGCAGAACUUCCAUGGCUUCCUCUGCCAAGCUUUGGCAGCGAUGAGCUUGAUUAUGUAGCUCAGGCUGGACGUCAGGUGCCAGUAGCAGUUCCAAUAUCUGCUGCCAUGGCUGUUUGCGCUCUCCAUCUGCAGCUCCGAUAUGGGGAGAAGAGUGAUGGACUGGUGACUUGCCGGGAUGCUGAAGUUCCAGGAUCGGUAGUAGUGAGACCGGAGCAGAAGCUUGAUCAUGGUUGGAUGGUUUACUCUUCGACAAACAAAAAUCCUAACGAAGCAGACGCAUGUGAAAUGUGUGAGGCACUUUUAACCAUGAUGGUGGAGCUUGGGAAGGCAAAGCAAGAGGGAAGACAGAAGCAGUGCAGGAGCCAGUUCAAACUCUAAAACAUCAACAUAGAUUAUCUGUUGCUGCUGCUUUGGUUUUCUUGUCAGUCAUUACGUUACAGAAAAUGAAUAGCAAAUCUCAGUCCCAUUCUCAAUUUUUUUAAAAAGGUAAACAACAUAUUUUUCAAGAACAUGCAAUGUGGGUGAAUUGAAUUCAAUGAUUUUCAGGUCAGAAAUUUGCCUCCAGACAGUUUUACC